AUGCAGUCCUACGGUGAACUGAAAUCAACAGGCGCCAUGCUUGCCAUCUCAGGCCUCAGCCAGCUUUCAGACUCACAGCAGUGCAUGUGCGACGACCUCCUGCAGGCCCUCAUCCUGCGCAACUGCCCCAUGGACCCCGACACCCUCGACCAAGUCCGCCACGAAUUCUGGAACCGCAUCUUCGCCAAGGGCUGGACCACCAAUAAGAACAAUAAUGCUCCAGGCCAGCUCCCCAAGCGCACCAACGACGAUGCCUCCCUUACCAUCGGCACUCUCAAUCAAGAUGUGCCCAAGAACGGCAGCGUCCCGGGCUACCGCCGCGCCGGACAGUCUGUUCUGCUCAAGGUCAGCAUGAAGGUCGGUGAUCGCUGGGAGGACAUCGACGCCAGCUUCUUCUGGGUCGAUCAGCAGGGCCACCGUGGCUCUGAGCUCUCCAACGCCUCGAUUGACAUUGAGGGCGACCUCACUCUCGACGAGGCCAAGAUUGAGGUCGGAAUGCACUACGAUACCAACGAGAAGGAGCGAGUCGGCGGCUGGAAUUGGGACAAGGUUGUCUACUGGGGCCGCCUCCGUCUCCUCAACUUGGCUCUGCAGCUUAAAGUCACUAACUCGGAGGAUACGAGUGAGCUGAAGCAGGUUAGGCUGGUCGAGGAGCACUGGUUGGAGAAGGAGGAGCUUCGACAGAACUUCCUGGUCCAUGAGCAGCUUUUGAGGGGUCAUUGA